CGGGCCUUCGGCUGGAUGCGGAGCUGGGGAUGCAAGGCUGCUGGCGAGGCUUUGCGCUCUGAAGCGCCGCCUGCUCGGCUGAGCAAAAGUGCGCCGCAGGCCUAGAGGUGCUUCCGAGGAGCAGGAGGGUCAAGCAGGGAGGACCCGGGGAGAAGGACGAGCCUCCAGGCGAGAGAUUGCCGCAAAGCAGAACGGAACUCUCCACCUCUUCUUCCCUCCGAGCUUUGCGGUGCAUCGCCGGGGCUAAAAACCUGGCCCUCGUCCUUGAAAGAUAGAUAUUGUUACUCAGUUCUACCAAAGUACGCACCAGCAUGGCUUCAUGGAAUGGCAGCAACCCAGGAGACAGGAGAAGAACAGGAGAAAGGCGCAGAUCAACUCAAGAAACAUCAGAGGACUUGGUAGCUGAACAGACUGAGGAGGUGUUCCGGAGCUAUGCUUUCCAUCGAUACCAGCAGGAGCAGGAGCAAACUGAGGGGGAUGCGCCAGUUGAUCCAGAAAUUGCUGCAAUUCAGCAGGAGCCAAAUAGCAUCAACAAUUCGGUGGGUCGACGCUUAGCUAUCAUUGGUGAUGACAUCAAUGCACGGUAUGAUAAGGAGUUCUCUGAGAUGCUGAAGUCCUUGCAGCCUUCCAAGGACAAUGCAUAUGAGUACUUCACCAGAAUAGCCUCCAGUUUGUUUGAAAGCGGCAUCAAUUGGGGGCGUGUGAUAGCACUGCUGGGCUUCGGCUACAGGAUGGCAAUCCAUGUAUACCAGCAUGGCAUAACUGGCUUCCUGAGAAGAAUUGCACGUUACAUGGCUGAAUUCGUGCUACACAAUCGCAUUGCACGAUGGAUUGCUCAGCAAGGAGGAUGGGUGGCAGCACUGGACUUGAGCAAUAUUUAUUGGAAAUACAUGUUGAUGAUAGCCUCCGUGAUUGUGCUGGGCCAAUUCGUUCUACGGCGUUUCUUCAAUGACUGA